AUUGUACCAGAUUUGCAAUAAAUCGUGCUAUUUUGUUGAGAAUGUUCAGUUUGCUCUUACUGCUUCUCCUACCCCUGGCCACCCCUCAAAACAUCCUCAUAAUCCUCCUGGACGAUGUGGACGACCUUGCUCCGACCCGGGAAAAAGGCUUUCCCAACAUAACGGCCCACUUCACUAAGAACGGUGUGAUGUACAACAACGCGUUUGUAACGACCCCAAUCUGUUGUCCAUCACGAGGUAGCAUCUACACAGGCACCUACCAACACAACCACCGGACACUGGAUAAUACCGUCACUAACGGGUGUGACGGUCCCAACUGGGACAAGAACAUUGCUCCGAACAGUCUGGGGAAGAGGCUCCAGGACCUGGGGUACAGGACGGGCAUGUACGGGAAAUACAGUAACAACUACAGAGGAGACAAGGUUCCUGUGGGCUGGGAUGACUGGUUGGGACUGGUUGGGAACAGUCAGUAUUACAACUACACUCUAAACAGGAACGGAGUGAAUGAGGAACACGGGCUCGACUACAAGAAGGAUUAUCUGCCAAGUCUCAUACUUGAUGCAGGAAUUGAGUUUAUGCAGGACGACAAGUCUAAGAAACCGUGGUGCGCGUUUCUGAGUUUCCCAACAGCACACGAGUCGUUUGAUGCUGCUCCACAGCAUCAGAAACUGUUUAAAGCGAGCAAACCUCCGAACCUUAACUAUCCUUCUUUUAACAAGACCGGUGAUCCAGGUAAACACUGGUACACAAGCAGCAGACCAGCCCUCAACAACGUGUCAGCUAAGUACAACGAGCAAGGCUGGAUUCGCAGACUACAGUCUCUCCAGUCAAUAGACGAGGGUUUCGUGAGGAUCCUCAAGAAAAUCGAUCCUCAAAACACCACCAUCAUCUUCACUUCAGAUAAUGGUUUCUACUUUGGUGAGUGGGGCAUGAUCCUGGACAAGAGGCAGCCAUACGAGGUGACUGUCAGGGUUCCCAUGUACGCUUCCGGUCCUCUCUUCCCCAAAGGAAGCACUCAGGAUACAGUGGUGCUCAACAUUGAUGUAGCUCCCACUGCUAUUGACGUGGCUAAAAAGUCUGGAGCGGGAAAACCUAAACCUGGUGUCAGUGACGAGAACUAUGGACUCCAAUUUGACGGAACGUCUAUGUUAUCGCUUCUUGAAGCACCCAAAGCUCGCAACUCUUUCCUGAUUGAGUACCACGGGAUGGGGAAUGGCAUUGACAGCAAUGACAGCUGUGCGCACAUUAACAUGAGAUGCUGGUACAAGGACAACAAGGUCUGGUACACAGAACCAAAGUUUGAUAUCCCCGACGGGGAGAAGUUCUGUUUCUGCGUUGACAGCAGGAACAACACCUUCACGUGCGAGAGACGGGUUAACAACAACAAUCCGGGCAUUUUCACCAACUUCCUCUACUGUUCCUUCUCGUCAGGGUUUAACGAGUACUACAAUCUACACAAGGAUCCCUUUCAGAUGAAGAACAUGUGGGGAACACUUGGGGAGGAUCAGAAGUGGGAGUUUAAACGUAGGAUCGGUAGGAUUAGGGAGUGCAGAGGGUUUGAGGAAUGCAAUCAGCUGGACAACUCUGGGUUUGAUUCUGACAAACCGUUCAGGGACAAUUUUCGAUAGGUUUCAUGAAGGCGAUUUGCCAGAAACAAUCUAAUGUUCAUAAUUUGUUUGUUUUGUAAUUUUAAUUAAAGGGUAUUUUGUAAAUUAUUAUUAUUGUAACUGACCUCUGAGUUGUUUAUGUAGUGUAUCAUGUGUUU